AUGGCAUCCAUUGAUGUAGCCGAAAUUUUGAGAUCUUCCAAAACUGAAGAACAGCCACCAGUAAAGAGAUCCCGAGUUGACGAGUCAGCUUUUGGCAAAAAUGCUUCACUAUCGAACCCGGAAGCUAUUUUAGCAGCUCUCGAAAAUGAUAAUACUCAGGGAAUUGUUGUGAAUGAAGUAUAUGUCAAGAAGAUUAUCUCAUCACUUGAAAAGAAAAUGCUGCGAAACAGAGAGAUGAGAAUCAAAUACCCUGAUGAUCCUAAGAAGUUUAUGGAAUCAGAAAUCGAAUUAGACAAUGCAAUUCAAGAAAUGCAUUCAUUGGCAACUCAACCUGAUCUUUAUGGUUGCUUCGUGGAAACAGGAGGACCUUCUAUUAUGCUUUCAUUACUGGCACAUGAAAACAGUGAUAUUGUUGGAGCUACCGUCAAUUUGCUGCAAGAAUUAACAGAUGGUGAUAUUUUGAACGAAGGAGAGGAUGGCGCUGCAGAAUUAAUUGAAAGUUUGGCCAAAGGAAGAAUAAUCGAGAGCUUCACUACAAGCUUCGAGAGACUCAAUGAAUCCAAUAAGGAUGACGGUGAUGCCAUUCAUAAUGCCUUGAGUGUAGUUGAAAACAUGAUUGAUUUCCGUCAAGAAACAACAGAGGAGUGUGUAAAUCAAGGAUUGUUCAAUUGGGUGCUGAAAAGAGCUUGUCGCAAGGAUUCUUUCGAUGCUAAUCAAGCUUAUGCCAGUGAGAUUCUAGCUUUGCUAUUGCAAAUAUCUGAUCAGGCUAAGAAGAAACUGACAGAGAAUGUCGAUGGGAUUGAUAUGCUAUUAAGAGCUUUAGCCGUUUACAAGAGAAUAGAUCCUGUGCACCUUGAUGAGAGAGAGUAUAUGGAAAACCUCUUCAAUGCAUUAUGUUCAGCUUUAAUGCUGGCCGAGAACCGUAAAAAGUUUCUUGAAGGAGAAGGUUUGCAACUAAUGAAUUUAAUGUUGCGUGAAAAAAAACAAAGUAGAGAAAGUGCUUUGAAGGUCUUGGAUCAUGCUACCACUGGUCCAGAUGGGGUAGAUAAUUGCAAUUACUUCGUUGAAAUAUUAGGUUUACGAACAUUAUUCCCUCUCUUCAUGCGCACACCUGCUCAAGGUAAACGAAAAGACACAUCAGCUGAUGAACAUGAAGAACAUGUCUGUGCUAUAUUAACUUCGCUUAUGAGAUCUUGUGAGGAGAACGCGCGACAAAGAAUAAUUCAAAAGUUCAGCGAACACGAACAUGAGAAAGUAGAUCGAGCUGUUGAACUUUUCCAAAAGUACAGAGCUAAAGUUAGCAAAUUCGAAAGAAAACAGUCAUCCAAUCAAGAUUCGGAAGAUGAGGAUGUUGAUAGAAAAUAUUUGGACAAAUUAGAUGCUGGGCUUUACACCUUACAAAACAUAGCACUAAUCCUACUGGAUGUAUGUGUCAGUUCGCCUUCUGCUUGUUAUAGAACACAGAAACUGUUUAAUAUGAAGUUGAAAGUGGACAGACUUUCAAAAGUCUUGUUACCGGUUGUUGUUGAAUAUCAAUCUAAUCUGGGUGAUGAUGCUGUAGGCGAGAAACAACGAGUUGACAAUCUCGUUUCAAGAUUGACAGAAAUCGAAUCUAUGAGAAGUAUAAGAUUUCCUAAUGAGGCCAAUCAGAUUGCAGGCAGCAACAGCUUCAUUCCGCCUAUGGAGGGAAACCUCACCCAACCAUUAGAACAAGAACUUGUCGAUUUUGAUCAAAGUACAUCCUCAAGACCUUAUGCUAGGCUUUUAUCACUAAAUUCCGUAGUUGAUUCGUGUGAUUUAUUCGACGAAUUGAACGUUUGUGGAAGAGGUACAGACAAUGUGAAUUUACGGCUCACUAGAAUAGUCAAAAAUCGUUCGCAUACUUACAUAAGUAAUAGGCAUUUUGAAUUACGACGGGAUAAACCGAACCAUGCUUCUUUCAUCAAAGAUAUUUCCACAAAUGGAACUUUCAAAAACAAAGAAAAACUUGAGAAAGGAAAAGAGUAUUCAAUAGUUAGUGGAGACGUUAUUAGCUUGGGAUACCCUGACUUUCUGAUUUUCUUAUACGAUGAGCACAUGCUAAACAAUUGCCCACCAGAGUUAGAAAGUCAGUAUAUUAUAACUAAUGUAUGUUUGGGAACAGGUAGUUACGGACAAGUUUUGCUGGCAAGACUCAGAGCAGAUCUAACACAGAAUUAUGCAAUUAAGAUUAUUGAAAAGAAAAGGAAGAAAAACAAUGAAAUUGUUAUAAAUACUGAGAUUAAUAAUGAAAUAUCGAUACUUAUCCAUCUGAACCAUCCUAAUAUAAUUCGCCUGCAUGGCUAUGUUGAUAAUGACGUCACUUCACACAUCGUUCUGGAAUACAUUGGCGGUGGAGACUUUUUCAGUUUUAUAAUCAAUCCAAAAUGGAAAAAUCGAGGCAUUGGAGACACUUUAGGGAAGUACUAUGCGUAUCAGUUUUUAAGUGCACUUGAGUAUCUGCAUGAUAAAGGCAUAUCCCAUCGAGAUAUAAAACCCGAGAAUAUACUUAUGGUUUCGCAAGAUGACUUCACUGUCGCCAAGCUGGCGGAUUUCGGUUUAUCGAAACCACAAGAUGCGGCAACAAUGAAAACGUUUUGUGGAACAGUUGGUUAUAUAGCUCCUGAAGUGAUAGCUGGAGACGGUACUCCUUAUAGUAACAAAGUGGACCUAUUCAGCUUAGGUGUUGUUUUAUUCACAGCUGUGUCUGGCUAUCCUCCCUUCUCAGACUAUGGCGAUGAUAUAUCUGUCACUGAUCAGAUCAAAUCAGGCCACUUGAGGUUUUUCCGGGUGUGGAAGAGAAUAUCAAUGGAAACACAGAAUGCUAUUAAAAAAAUGUUAUUAGUUGAGGAAGCUCGACGCCCUAGUGCCACUUCGUUACUAGAAGAGCAAUGGAUGAAGACGAAACCGGCGUUGAUUUCGAAGAAAACUGUAGAAGAAUAUGUUGCAGGGAAACUGAAGUUCUCGGCGGAUUCUAUGUAA